AUGACUGUGAUAGAACCCGGAGCCACCAAGGACUGUGGCUCUACUGCCUCCUCGAGCAACCACUACACUGCAAGUCUGCCCAGGAGGGCCAGAGAUGCCAUUACAGAGCUGUGCAGCACUCUGUGGAGCAGGUUGCUUAAGAGGGCUGGGGACAUGUGGAGAGCCUACUCUGACAUGAGAGAGGCCAACUGGAAAAACUCAGACAAAUACUUCCACGCUCGGGGCUACUAUGACGCUGCCCAAAGGGGGCCAGGGGGAGUCUGGGCCGCUGAAGUCAUCAGGUACCACCAACUGACGCGACCAGGAGUGGGUGGCAGGGCUCACUCUCCUAAGAGAUGAGGUGAGCCCCAGGUAAGGUCUUGCCAGUCUGGACUCCUCCUUUUGCUCAUGCUCUGUUUCUGCUUGACAUAGACCCUGGGCUGUGCUCGGAGCCAGCAGGCAGCUCGACCGGGGCAGGCCUGCUUCUCUGGUGAUACUCAACUCACAAAAGAUGAUCAGCCUGGCCUAUGCAGGACUGGGUCUCCACAAGUCCUCCUUCCUGCUCCUUCCUGGUUUCCUGCUGAAGCCACCCCAUGAGAAGGGCAGACCUGGGAGAGGAGACUGUCCACACAGCUCGUGACUGAUCUCUGUGUCUGCUUCUCCUAGUGAUGCCAGAGAAGGCUUUCAGAGUCUCAUAGGCCGUGGACACAAGGACACAUGGACACAGAUCGGGCCGCAGUGGCAAGGACCCCAAUCACUACAGGCCUUCUGGCCUGCCUGGCAAGUACUGACCAUCCUUCUGUCAGCUUCAGGGAGCUGUGCUGU